UCGAGGGCCUUCACUCCGUCAGUAGCACUCGGCAACGCUGGCCACGUGACGCCGUUUUGAACUGUUCAGUUUAUUAACUGGGAGACGACUAACGGGCCAGCGGAGCCGGGCGAGCGAGGGGAGUGAGAAGAAGAGGAAGAAGAGGAGGAGGAAGGAGAGGAGGAGAGAGGAGGAGGAAGGAGAGGAGAGUGGCGGCGGCGAUGUCGGCGCGGCGCUGCGAGGUGACGGUGCGCGGCGCCGUGAGCCAGCGGAGCCUUGGCGCCCUGGUCUGGGAGAUCUUCGCUCACGCCCUGUACCAGCGCGGCCAGCUGCCGCUUCCCUACCCGCAGCUGCUGCACUUCCACAGCCACCUGGCAGAGGUGCCCCCCAGGUUAAGGCAAGAAGCACGCAUGCUGACGGCCCUGCACGAGCUGAGCGGCCACCUGGAGACGCUCUUCUCCCUGUCGCACGUGCCCCGGGUCCUCAUCCUGCUAGGGCCGAGCCCCAUGUCGCCGCUUGAGCUCUACGAGCUGGACUUCCACGAGCUGGCGCUGGGAGGCAGCGGUGAUUCACUGUGCCACGCUCGCUACAGCCGCCACGUGUUUCACUCACUCUUCGUGCAGAAUGUGUUUGGCGAGCCGCGCGCUCUGCCUGUCACCUCGGCCACACUGCUGCUGUGGGCGCACAGGGACUGCGGCGUCGACUGGUUCAAGCCCAAGCUCAACUACAAGCCGCCCAACCGCGGGAGGAGGGUCGUCGUCGCGUUUAGCAACAGCCUGGAGGAGCCGCUGGGCACGGCCCUCGGCCAGCCAUGCGAGGACGACUGCGUGUGGUUCCAGGCCCCUGUGGCCAUCAAGGGCGUCCUGGACAGUGGGUCAGGCCAGGGUUUAGAGGGGCUGAUGGAUGGGACCAGCUAGGCCAAAAUUCUAGGGAUGCUGCAAAUUUUAAUAUUACUUAUUUCAAUAUUAUAUCUGAAUCUCCUUCCUUAUGGUCAAUCAAGGCCAACUAUUAAAAAUUCUGCCGUAAACGUAUUCAUCCAUUAAAUUGCCUAGUCUCACGUUUAUAUUUGGGGCAGUGCGAAUUCACGCGCUACGUGGUUUUAAUUUCGGAGCCGCAGUUGCACACAGGAGAGUCUCUGAUUCGCAACUUGUGCAACUCGCGUGCUUCGUGUGGGUCCGGGUAUGUGCUGCCCCGUUCCCAUGGCAGUUGGAAGCCAGGGAAGUCGAGCUGGAAUAUAGUGCUUGCAAGGGUGUCCAGGGUAUGGGGACACUUUAGUACAUUGUACGAUUCAAGGUCUGCAAUAACACAAUUUUUUUUGUUCCUGGGUAGUGAGUGUUAUUUCCUAAUUGCUUAUGCCUCAAAAGUACAGAAAAUGG